AUGGCCUCGGCAAUGUCGAUUGCGCAGAAGCGCAAACAAUCGAUCGCACGCAAGACUCCUCGCACUAGUGGAAAGGGACUUCCUUCGCGCACAGGUAGUAAAAAGCUUCCAGGCACUCGCAUCAAGAAGGGACACAGAUAUGCCCCAGGUAUCUGCCCUUACAAUUCUGGUCCUGUCAAUCCCAAUUUCAUCCACACAGAGCCAAAGAAGAACAAGGCUACCAAGGCGCUGAAAGCAAAGGCUACGCCAAAAUGCAAGCCUCUCCCAACUAAGCAGCCUCGACGAAUCGUUGAAGACGAUUCUGACGAGGAUAUGCCAGACGCCACUCAGAAUCCGACUGUAGAAAACAAUAAUAGCGAGGAUACCACUGCUCAGCAGGCAACUCUUGAUAAUGAGCAGGACGAUGAUGAGCAGGAUGAAGAUAAGCAGGAACAAGAUAAGCAAGAUCAAGAUGUCCGAGAUCAAGAUGUCCAAGGUCGAGACUUUCAAGCUAGUUAUGAUCAAGAAGAGCUAGAUGAUGAUUCUAGCGAUGAUGAGCAAACUCUUAAGCAGAGGCUAGAAGCCUAUGCUAAUAAGCUGGUAGCGGCAGCUCACGCGCUUACUGUUGCGAAAGAGCGUUCAGAAGAUGGCUUACGCCUUGCUCAGGAAACUCUCGAGGGAGACGCAAAGAAAAUUGCGCGUCAGUUUCAUCGUUGGCAGCGGCUGAAUUUCGAGGAUCAACUUUGCGCUUAUCAAAAGAUACAAGACGCUGAGGUAGAGGCCUUGAAGCAGCAAGCAAAGGAGCAAGCUGCUCUAGAUGCUCAGCUACUUACUAAGAACUAA